AAUUUGGAAGACAGCCUUUGCCAACACUUUAACAAACCUAAGCCUUUUUUCCCUCCUUUGCACAUCUCUUUGGGAGUUAUGGCAGGGCAGUUGCGCUGGGGUGGUCUCAUUGAAGAGGUCUGGAGGAAAGGACCCUGGACUGCUGAAGAAGACAGGUUGCUUGUUGAAUAUGUAAGGCUGCAUGGUGAAGGACGAUGGAACUCUGUCGCUAGGCUUGCAGGGUUGAAAAGGAACGGAAAGAGCUGCAGAUUGAGGUGGGUGAAUUACUUGAGGCCAGACCUAAAGAGGGGGCAGAUAACCCCACAUGAAGAGAGAAUUAUUGUGGAGCUGCAUGCUAGGUGGGGGAACAGGUGGUCCACAAUUGCUAGAAGCUUGCCAGGAAGAACUGAUAAUGAGAUCAAGAACUACUGGAGGACCCAUUUCAAGAAGGCGGCCAAGCUCUCUCCAGAUAGCUCAGACAAGGCAAGGACUCAUCUCUUAAAGAGGCAACAAUUUCAACAGCAGCAGCAGCAGCAGCUACAGCAACAACAGCAACAAAUCCAAUAUCAGCAACUACUGCAGCUAAAUCACUUGGACAUGAAGAAGAUCAUGUCCUCGCUCGAUGAAAACGAAAACAACGCACCAUAUACCCCUCAAAUGAGGCAGGAAACGGCACCUCAUGCCUUAUACCCCAACACAACCGAGGAGCAUGUCUUGCUUUAUAACAUGUUCAAUGCAUCGGUGCCUGAGGCCUUGAACGAGGACAUAAUCUGGGAUGGCUUGUGGAACCUGGAUGAUGUCCAUGGAAAUUUUGGUGUGGCAUGUGCAACAAGCAGAGCUUGCAUGCACAAUUUGGUGUCACCUUUUUGCUAACUGAUCAUCUAGCGCUGUUACAUUUUCUUGGGGUUUCAACUGUUUCUGUUUAGCUUGCCAUCAAAUGAAGGCUCUUAAUCUGCAGCUUUGGAUUGAUGCUUGAGUUAUGAAAUUUUGGUGACUGUAUCUCUCUAGAUUUUAAUCAUGUACUCCAUCAAUAAGCUUUUCCAAUUUUGCAUAUGAAUUGAGGUGUGGACGCGUCUGGCCUCUGACCUCCACUUCAAGAGCUUAAUUUGCAGUCCUUUUUCUCUUG